AUGAGACAAACGCUUCCAGAAGGCUACACCCAUGAUGAAGGCAUCCCGCAUCCAGUAACGUUUCGAAACCCUGAUGGCAACGUGUUGGAAUUAUACGUGGUGGCAAGCAAUGUGAUCCGUGUCCGACAUUUGACAGCCAACAGCAACAACAACAACAACGUUGACCGCCCAAGAGUCUCUGUUGAUGUACCACCCACCAUUCAACAAGACCAACCCUUGUUUUCCAUCAAUACUACGACAAGUUCAAAAGAGAGCAAGUAUGUGCAAGUGGAGACACCCGAUAUCCGUGUCAAUGUGGAGUUGCCCUAUCUACGUCUUGUGUGGCAUGAUAAAAAGGAUGGCACGACUUUUGCCGAGGAUUUACCAAGAAGAGCUUACGCGUAUGGCGGUGGCAAGAUUUAUCAUUAUCGCAAACGCAUAUCAGGUGACAAGUACUAUGGUCUUGGUGAACGCACAGGCAAUUUGAAUUUGGCGGGUCGGCGUUUUCGUUUGGAAAGAUUGGAUUCAAUGGGCUAUGAUGCUGAAAACCAGGACCCACUUUACAAGUUUUCGCCAUUUUAUCUUACUCUUUCUCACGAUGGUGCACGUGCCCAUGGUGUCUUUUAUACAAGCAUGUCAUUGAGCACCUUUGACUUUGGCCAAGAAUUGGAUGCGAUGUGGGGACCCUAUACAAUGUAUGAGGCUGAAACCCAGGGGCCACUUGAAUACGUGGUGAUGUAUGGUCCAUCGGUGCCAUCGGUGGUUCGCACGUUUAGUCUUUUGACAGGUGCCCCACGUCAUUUGCCGCCACGUUUCGGAUUUGGAUAUUUGGCAUCUUCCAUGGCGUAUGCUGAAGUGGACAAUGCACAAGAGCGAAUCGAGCAAUUUGUGGCGGAUUGUCGAAAGCAUGAUAUACCUUGCGAUGGUAUGCAUUUAUCAUCUGGAUACACCGUGAUGCCUGAUAGCGGUGAUCGAUGUGUCUUUACUUGGAACCGAGAACGAUUUCCUGAUCCAGAAGGCAUGGCUCAACGAUUGCGUGAGCAAGGUGUGCACGUAUUUGCCAAUAUCAAGCCAUGGCUAUUGCAUGAUAGUCAUCCCGAUUUCCCAGCGGUGCGAGAUAGCAAGGGGCUUGUGUGGCAACAUGAUGGCAAAGGACCCAGUGAGGUGUGGCAAUGGCGUGCAGGCCGACAUACCAUGGGCAAGGCUAGCUAUAUUGAUUUUACGAGCCAAGCUGGAUACUCCUAUUGGCAGCAACAAGUACGCACCAAGUUGAUUGAUAAGGGCUAUCACUUAUGGCUUGACAAUAACGAAUUCGCUAUGCUUGAUGAUAAUGACACCUAUGCAUGCGAGGUGAAGCCUGAUGGAUACCACAAUCUCGUUGUCAACGAAGCAACCACGACCAGUAGCAGAGAAGCUGGCACACCAUUGCAAACACUCUUGAUGGCCCAAGCAUCCUAUAAUGCAUUGCGUGAAGCUCGUCCCACCGAACGACCUUUUCUUAUCACCCGUUCAGCUGUGCCUUAUUGUCAACAACUUGUGACCCAAACUUGGAGUGGAGACAAUAAUACCGAAUGGAAGACUAUUGGCUAUAAUGUCUCUAUGGGUGCUGGUGCUGCUCUUUGUGCAGUGCCCACAGGCUAUGGUCAUGAUGUUGGCGGAUUUUCAGGUCCUAAGCCUGAUCCAGAGCUCUUUGUGCGAUGGGUACAACAAGGCAUCUUGUGGCCACGAUUUUGCAUUCAUUCCUACAACACCGAUGAUACAGUGACAGAGCCUUGGAUGUACGACGAAACAUUGCCGACUAUCCGUGAAGCAAUGCAGUUGCGAUACCGGCUGAUCCCAUACUUGUAUUCAUUGCAUGUGAUCCACUGCUACCGUGCAUGCCAACCCAUGGUGAGACCUGUAUUCUAUGAUUUCCAAGAUGAUCCAAAAACACACGAGCAGCAAUUUGAGUUUAUGCUGGGACCUGAUCUCCUGGUGGUUCCCAUGAUUGAAUCAGGCACCACCACUCGCACCGUAUACCUACCCAGUGGUGCUUCAUGGUAUCAUUACCAAAGCGGACGUUAUUGUGAAGGCGGUCAAAUGGUAUCAGUUGAUAGCACCCUUGAGGACGCCGCAUGCCCAUUUUUCGUAAAGGCGGGUAGUAUGCUUGCUUUUGGCAAGGUCAUGAAUCACGUUCAUGCAUUACCAGAUAAUGAACGUCGUGUCCAAAUCUUCCCUGAACGCACGACCACAGGCGAACGUCGAACAUUUACAUUGAUUGAGGAUGAUGGCAAGACGUUGUAUCAUGAGCAAGGUGGUGCUUUUGCAGAAGUGCGAUUGUGGAUGGAAGCAACGGAGUCCAUCAUCCGUGUUGGUCUUGAGAUUCUUCAUGAUGGCUAUUUCCCUGAUUAUGACACCGUUUGGGUCACAUGCCCCAUUCAAAGUGAGACUCGUCAGCUUGUCUUUGUCGACCCACAAUUCAGUGGUCAAGAAUACCAGCCCAAGGACCUUGAACGUAUCGUCGAUGACACUACCCUGCAUUGCUACUAUGGUAUCCCCGUGCCUUGGAAUAGACAAGCUCAAAAAUAA